AUGCCCCCGCCAACCGUCACUGAGACAACCGUCGCAAAGACAACCAUCAGCAAGACACCCGUCCCCAUGCCAACCGACACCGUGACAACCAUCCCCGCGCCAACCAUUGCCGUGUCAACCGUUCCCACGCCAACCAUCACCAAGACACCCAUCCUGGAAACACCCCGUCCCCGAUGCAACCGUCCUGGAAACACCCAUUGCUGA